AUGUCGCUUUGCGAAUUCUGCGCAAAACUCAAUAUUGAGCAACUGGACGCGACAGACGUUCGUUUCCACCCCAACCUAAAGGCGCUCCAGCAAAGCGCUGCUACAAGAUGCCCCUUCUGCACCCUUUGCUACACCCGUGUCAUGGAAGACAGCCACCACAGCAUCACCGACGCUCUGCUCAAUGAUCGGGUACCAGAAGGCUACGAAAAGGAAUCAUUCUUCCCGAGCGUCUGGCUUCAUGGCGAAGUGAGGCAAGCCAGCCGUGGUGUCUCUAAAGAAAUUCCAGGAUGUAGUAUUUGGAUCUCAUGUGGAAGGCUGCAUCCGGACGGUGGUCAGGGAGAGACCAAUAAGCCUGGUAUGCCAUUUGCCUCGCGUCUGUCUCUGUUUGCAGGCCUCACAACGCCGGCAGCGUCCAAAUUCAUUGAACGGUUCUCGAAUGCAGACCACGAUCCUGACCUUUAUAUACACUUGGCCGGUUGGCGCUUGAGAAAGUGCAAAGCCUCUCACAAGCUCUGCAAGCCGAGGUCGUUGGAGAUGCCAACUCGCAUCAUUGCGGUUGGUAAAGCUAGCCAGAAGCCGCGGCUAAUAGUUACGAAUGGCCUACAAGAGCCAUAUAUGGCUCUGUCCUACUGUUGGGGUCCUGGGAGAGACACCUUCACUUUGACCCAUAAGACCAAAGAUGAGCUUCUCGGUGGCGUCAUAGAAGAGAAGCUGACCAAGACUCAUCAAGAGUCAAUCCACUUUGCGCGCUCUCUGGGCAUCGACUACGUGUGGAUCGAUGCACUUUGCAUCACACAAGGCGAUGCUGAUGACUGGGCUUUCGAAUCGCAACGCAUGGCACAAGUUUACGGCAACGCAGCUUUGACUAUAAUCGCCGGUCGUUCGACGGACGCCCGUGACGGCUUCCUCACAAACAGACUUGGUCAAAAGGUCCCACCGUGCGCUCUACGGCUCUCGCCAGACACAGAAGACACGGUCAAUGUCUGUCUUCCAAGGUCUACCGUCAUCGGGCCGGUAUCCACGCGCGGAUGGUGUUUCCAGGAAGAAAAGCUCUCGACUCGGGCCAUCAUAUUCGGCCAGGAGCAGAUCAUUUACCAAUGCCGCACCGAAAAGAAUUGGGAGGAUGGUCAAGUCGAUUUCCAAGACCUCAAACCCACCUUCCUUACCCCGGGCUUCUCUACCGGCGUUGCGCAUUCGGCAGCCGAUAGAGAGACUACCCUUAUGAUGUGGUACGAGUUCGUCGACAUGUACACAAUGCGGGCUUUAUCGAACCCUCACGAUGUCUUUGCAGCCAUUGCCUCCAUCGCGAAACUUGCUCAAGACGUGCUGAGAUCUUGCUAUCUCGCUGGGAUAUGGGAAGAAGACUUGGUCAGGGGCUUGUUGUGGAAACCGCGUCAUCAGGUACACGCGUUUUUCAAAGAGCCAUUGACACGUCCGAAACCAACUCCCUUCGCACCAGCGCCGGUAAUCCGCGCGCCAUCCUGGUCCUGGGCGUCUGUAGAAGGCCCCCUGCGUCGCAUCUACAACCCGAGAAAAUCAAAGUUGUUCCAGGAUAGCAAAUAUGUCAAGAUAAAGCCCCGGCUGGGAAAGAGGUGGACGGCAACAGACGACUGCGGCGUUACAGCACUGCAUAUGCCGUAUUGUGAACUGAAGAUUCUGGGACGCUUGGCAAAGGUUAUUUUGAUCAAGACUGACGUGGUAGAGUGGUUCGAGGCUGACAAGUCGAGGAAGCGAUGGCUCCCUUACAAGAAGAUGUUGAAUCAUGCAGUCUUGCUUGCCUCAACCAAGGAAAACUCGGAUGCGGCAAGUUCAGGUGACAUUGUGGUCGCUGUUGGGGCUUUCGAUGUAGCUGAUGAGGGAGAAAAGCUUGAAGAGGUCUGGUGCCUUCCGCUGAUCGAGACCGAGGGUUUGAUGGUUAUACAGAAUGAGGCCAAGUGGAAGCGUGUCGGUUGGUUCGUUUUGAGGAACGAAUCUUGGUUCGAGGACAAGUCGGAGGUUGAAGUAGAUCUCAUCUGA